CUUUUGGAAACUUGGCCCUUAUUUAGCUGAAUUGUCACUCCCCUAAAUGUCAAUAGGGGCAGAUUCAACAAAAAAUAUUCUCAAGUUCCUUAAAGAUCCUCUUCUGGCACAGUUAUUAUCGUGUUUCCAUUUCUGUUAAUGACAUCUAAGAACUGGGAACAAGCAAUGGUGGGAGAUUAAGUAAUUAAAGAGUAUUAGAUGCAUUUGAAGAUCAGGGUCAUAGAAAAAGAAGAGACACACACAGAGAGAAAGAGCAGUGGGCUGCUUGUCUGCCUGACAGCUCUAAAAUAUUCUUACUCACAGCUUGGUAGCUGUAAAGGACAGAGCCUCGCGCUACAGAUCGGCUAACCUUUAUUGUUCCCAGUUUCGAGAUCUGUGGGUUUUAUGGAGUCCCUCACUCAGCAUCUGGAAUGUCUCAGACUCUUUGGAGAUGAAACUGAAGCUGAAGGUCAGAUCCUUGCAAGUCUAAAUGGGAUUCUUCUGGCACUUGCUGAAGACAAGCAAAGGUCCUCCAUUCUACUCACCGACAGUGGGAUUUUCCAGACUUUAGUGCGAAUUCUCAAAGGCAAUCCAAGCUGUGCAGCGAAGGCAGCCCAGGUGAUUGCAGAGAUAGCAAAGAAUGAGGAAAUGAAGAAGCCAUGUAUCGAAGCAGGUUUAGUUCUAGCUUUGGUACCUCUGCUGGAGAGCACGGACCAAGAAACAUUGCUUCAUGCUGGGAGGGCCAUUGGCCGCAUCUGCUAUGAAAACAGAGAUCUUCAGGAGCAGCUAGUGAAGUCAGGAGUAAUCGCAUCAUUGGUCAGGAUAUUAAUUGACUACCCAGAGAGUGAGCCUCUAGUCCGUGUCAACUUGUUGGCCUUAUCUAACCUUGCAAACUUAGACAUAGCUAAGGAAGCUCUAAGCAAGACAAAGGUAGCUGAACAUCUAGUGAAGCAGCUGAGAAGUGCAGAGAACCAUCAGAGGCUGGAAAUCAUCAUUGAGGUUCUACAGAUGCUAGCAGAGCAUGAUGCUUUGAAAGUACAGAUGGUAGAGGCGGGUGUUCAUGAAGCACUGUCCGAGAUCCUACUGAGGCUCCAGGGCAGCUCCCGGGCAGAAGAUACGUGCACUAUGAAGGCUGCAUCAGAUCUCAUUGUAUCUCUACUCCUUGGAGAUGAAUCCAUGCAGAAGUUGUUUGCGAAUGGAUGUGGCAUUAUCUACCAGGAGGUUGGUACCUGGCUUGCAUCCAAACACCCACAGCUGCAGCUGACAGGAGCACUGGCUGUUGCUAACUUUGCCAGGAAUGACAGUAACUGCGUACGGAUGGUGCAACUGGGAGUGGUACUUCAGCUGUUGGAUCUCUUAGAGCAACAUGUGGAAAAUGGGGAUGUUUCCGUUCAACAUGCUGCACUCAGUGCCCUUCGAAACCUUGCUAUCCCAGUUGCCAACAAGGUUCAGAUGCUGGAGGAAGGCGUGGCAGAGCGGAUCCAGAUGCUUUUGAGAUCAGAGAUGGCACCGGUGCAGUUUAAACUUCUUGGAACACUGCGAAUGUUAAUAGACGGCCAAGCUGACACUGCAGAGAUGCUGGGACAGGACCCUUUGCUGCUCAACAGACUUGUGCAAUGGUGUGAGGCCCAGGAGCACGCUGGGGUUCGUGGAGAAGCAAAUCGAUUGCUGGCAUCACUCUUGAGGCACAGUAGAUCCCAAGAAGUGGUCAAAGCCAUCCAGCAGGCACAAGGAGUGAAGCACCUGGUUUCCAUGACAACAAGUGAACACGUUAUCAUGCAGAAUGAAGCUCUGAUUGCAUUGGCCAUAGCAUCUGCUGUUAAUUUAGAAGUCAUCAAAGAUUCACUUCAAGAGUUGAAGCUAGUUCAAAGCUUACAUAAGCUUCUACGACAUGAGAGCACAGGUCCCGAGGUGAAAUAUAAUUCAAUGGGCCUACUGUGCAGCCUUCUUAAUUCAGGUGAUUUGAAACAAGAAGUAGAAAAGGACAACAUUGAAGAAACCUUGGAAAAACUUUGUAGCCAUAGCAAUGCAAAUGUGGUCAAACAGGCGGUCAUGACCCUGCAGAUACUGAGAGAUGAGAGUCCAAACACCAGCUUCUUUUCUCCAUAGCUGAAGGUGCUGCUUUCUCUGGCAGCUGGGGUAUUUCAAUAAAAAUGUCAGCUUUUGCCAACAGCCACCAUAUUGAUCAUGUUGAUGUCCACUAAAUGCUAUUAAACUCAGCACAGGCUACAGCGCUCACUGACAUGCAACUGCACAUCCCUUUGUACCUCCAGUUUACACCCACACCAGGUUACUACAAGCUGCAUGUGCCCUGACAGACAAGCCAGGGGCCUAGCUACACUACAGCAGGGGCAGGAACUAGGAGCCACCUCCUCCCUGCCUAGAAACUACAAUAAAAGGUCCCUGUUCUCUCUGCUUCUCCCAUCCCCACUCCCUGCCCUCAGGACUAGCAGCACUAGUGGCAAAAUAUGCCUUCUAGCCCUCUAGAGAGACACGUGUCACAGUUAGGCUCCCCCCAGAUCCUUACCACAGUAGCCAGAGUGCACCUGUUUGCAGUAUUUUCUUCAUAACAUGCAGAGUCCUCUGCAGAAGCAGCGUUUGCAGGAGCUCAGAGCCGUGAGUCUUGUGAUGGAUACUGUCUGGUGAUCAAUGGAGCAGUUCCUACUUUCUGAGCUACUGUGUCAAAACAUCUGCUGAGUCGUUACACUCAGGACAUGUUUUCAAUUAAAUAUUAAAUUGACAUCACGUUACUUAAAAACCUGGGGGUCCCUAAGCCUUAACCAGUACCGCUGGAUUAAGGCACGGAUACACUCUAGAAAAUUGCACAUGCAAAUGGUCAGUCCUAACCCUUUGCAAGUGAAGUUAUCCUGUUUCCAUGCCCAAUUAAAAUAACAGUGCAUAUUAAGCAAGCAUGAAGUGUUGCAUACUUUUUUUCUAGCAUCCCCACUGCCACUCCCCCCAAAUACUUAAGUUAGCCCAGAUUUUACCUGCUAUCUCUGGGAGUUUUACUCAAACAAAUCUUCAAGGUAUUCAUCAAGUUCCUAGCUAUGGCUACGCUUGGAGCAGAGGGUGUGAUUCCCAGCUUGCAUAAAUGUAAUAGCACUUGCUCUCAUCCAGCUAGUGGGCUAAAAAUAGUGUUGCUGAGGUACCAAGGGCAGUGUUGAGUGGCAAUAUGGGCUAGCUGUCUUGAGCACAUACUCACAGGCAGGUUUCUGUGCAGUGUGGCUAGCCUAUGUCACUGCUACUUCACAACCCUAUUCUUGUCAAUACCCUAGCUUGAUGAGCUUUAGCGUGAAUAUGCCAUGAUUAAAUAGCUAUUGAUUGCAAUAGGAUGAACUUAUACAGCAGUGUCUAAGGAGCACUGGGCCAACUUAAACUGGUUAGAAAAAUGAAACGAGAAUAAAAACAUUUUCAGGUUUGUGUCACACAGAUUAUGCAACUGGUCUUUUUUUCCAUUAAGAAGAUUCAUUAUUUUUCAUGCUUGGUAAAUUAAAAAUUGACAGCUAUUUCAAAACUAACGUCUCCAAAAAGAACUUUUGACGUCAACAGCUUUUGUUUAAAAACAAUGCCAUUGUAACAACACUCCAGUUCUGUAAUUCCCUUCCACCCCUACCGGGUGGGCAGCAUACUUGGUAGCCCAAGUACAGAACCUCAAGUACAGAACUGCUACUCCUAAUUUAGGCUUACCGUAUUUUCCGGCGUAUAAGACGAUUUUUGAUGUUAAAAAACAUCCCCCAAAAAUCGG